AUCCGUGGUAUUCGUCAAGUGCGCCCGUCUGACAGCUUUGAGUCAGAACAUUGCUCCACCGCCUUUCAAGUGACAUAGAAUAAGGAGAACACGAUGGAUAAUGUGAUAGAAGCCGAUAAAUUAGGUCCACAAGUUCUGGAUGAUCUUUUCAAGUCAAUGCCAUCCACAAAGCGAGGAAUUGCCAUUGGCAUCGCUAAUCAAACAUCUCAUAAGUGGAGUGGAAUGAAUGCAUACUUCAAUUCUGGUAAACCUGGGCCAAAUGCUUUACCUGAAUUCGUGGAAAAAGACGAAGCAGCACUGUUCACUGCAACCAAAACAACUGGCCUGGCAAGAGGAAGUGUAGGCGUCGUUACCUUCUUCAUCCCCCAUGACAACAAGACCGUAGCAGUCAUGUUUAGUGUACCAUUCGACCGUAAUUUGUAUAAGAACUGGUGGGAUGCCAAGAUUUAUCCCAGUAGGAGAGAAGCUGACGAUAGUAUGUGGUCUGACAUGUACUACAAUGAUAAACCUUUCAAAGGGGAUGACGGCUGGCACGAGAAAACUAUAGGUGAAGGUUACCGCGUGAAGGGCAUCAUGACAAGCGAAGGCCAAUGUAAACUUCACGUAAAGAUCUGUAAGUGAACCUUUACAAACUUUCUUGUAAAAUUUUGAAAUUACCGCCUGAAAUUCGUAUUAAUUUUGCUGUUAUUUACAUGAUAGCUUUUUUUCUUGUGAGAUAAACAGUUCAAUAUUUAGUCGCAAAAAUGGCGGCGAGGAAGUGCUUCAGAUAGCAUUGAAGGCUUCAUAGGACAGCGUUUUUUCAGAUAGAAUAAACAUUUUUUCGGUCACAAAGCUGUACAAAUGAUUCAUUUAAAGGCCUCGCAUUAGAGUAUUUAAUGUUUCGCGUCAAAGUGGCUUGAUGUUAGACCAUGAGCUAUUAGGCUUUUCAGUCCAUUUUACGGUUAGAAUCAUGGUUUUAUGCGUCCACCAGGUCUCAUAGUUAGUGCAGAAUGUCGAAGUCUAUCGCCAAACUACCAUGUAUUGAAUCGACUUAAUCAACUUUAUAUUA